AUGUUAAUUAGGGCAUAUGACAAGGCAGCUAUAAAAUGUAAUCGAAGGGAAGCAGUCACUAAUUUUGAUCCAAGCACAUAUGAAGAGGAGAUUAGCUCUGAGGCCGCUGAUGGAAACCAUAAUCUAGAUCUGAACUUGGGCAUUGCUCCCCCUUGUUCUGCGAGUGGCCAAAAUAGGACCAUUGGUGCUGAUGGCUUCCAAAUUCACUGCACCUCAUAUAGCACCCUGCCAGAAAAUAAAGAAUGGAUGCAUAACUCUGCUCCAGCCACAAUGGAAACAAUAUUGUCACAUGGACAUGUAGAUGUGCUUGACCAUCCUCGCUUCAGGAAGGGAGUGAAUUCCAGUUCUUGUCCCAUUUAUAAGGGAUCAGAAAUAGGGAAGAGUAGGGAACUUAAUUUUUCCGCAAAUUGGGCAUGGCAAACACAGAACCCCACUAAUAGGGUUCCUGCUGAUCCACUCUUCUCUGCUGCAGCAUCAUCAGGAUUCGCUAAUUCAAGUUAUGUUUGA